UCUCUCUCUCUCUCCAGCAUAUCUACAUAUGUUUAUGUAAAUCUUGCUGUCAUAGCUCUGAUAUCACCUUGUUGAUGGAUGGAUCGUCUGGAAGGUCAACUUUUGCAGAGCCAUAGUUUCAUCUGAAGAUCUCUAUUGUGUCUCCAUUUGGAUCGUCAGUUGCCAAUUGUUUGCAGAUAAACAGUAUUAAUUGCCGAUUUCGGAAUCAUAUUGAUGUAGUGGAGUAUUCGUCGGAAAUUUAUUUAGUGGAGUAUUGAUUUUUGUAGAAUUUGGUGAAAAUUAGGGUUUUUAGCCAGGGAAUUGCAGGCUUUUAUUUGAUUUAAAUGGAGGAUUCAAGAGUUUCGGAGCAAGAUGAUUCUAGGUUUCCUUACUUGAAGAAAAACACAUCCUUUAAUUAUCAGAAAUUAGAAUCAGAAUCGCCUCGGUCAUUCAACAGCGAUGUUAGAUUUGGAGGAGCCAGUGAUCGGAGAUUCGCAUUUUCGCGCCAAACUUCAUUUCACCAAUCGGCCGAACCUCACACGCCAGUAUCGAAGAACACACAGAAGCCGCUGCUUUCUAGGACUCUGUCGAGCAUUGAUAUACCGCCGAAUGUUUAUCCACCGGAUAGGGGCGACAGGAUAUGGAAGGAAGAGAAUAGGUAUGUGGGAGAUGGGACAGGUUCGAUUCUGGAGUUUGUUUUGUCGGGUCUUAGAAUUAUUAGGUCAGGAAAUCGGCCAAUGAAGAGGUUGUUCGUGUUGAUUUCACUCAACGUCGCUUAUUCUACCGCUGAGUUGUGUAUUGGCCUUUUCUCGGGACGUGUAGGCUUGGUGUCUGAUGCAUUUCAUUUGACGUUUGGAUGCGGCCUCUUAACAUUUUCAUUGUUUGCUAUGGUGGCCUCUCGGAAACAUCCUGAUCGAGUUUACACUUAUGGGUACAAAAGGCUAGAGGUUCUGUCUGCUUUCACCAAUGCUCUGUUCCUUUUGUUUUUGUCGUUCUCCUUAGCUGUUGAAGCACUUCAUGCGUUCAUACAGGACGAGUCUGAGCACAAGCACUACCUGAUCGUUUCGGCCGUGACGAAUUUGGUGGUGAAUCUUAUUGGCGUCGGGUUCUUUAGGAAUUAUGCUCGAAUUAAUCUUGUUUAUAGGACAGCUGAAGAUAUGAACUACCACUCAGUUUGCCUGCAUGUUCUUGCUGAUUCAGUUCGCAGUGCAGGUUUGAUCUUGGCAUCCUGGUUAUUGACUCUUGGGGUUAAGAAUGCUGAAGUUUUGUGUUUAGGACUAGUUUCAGUGGCAGUAUUUAUGAUUGUCAUGCCACUUUUUAAAACGACUGGUGGCAUCUUGCUUCAAAUGGCACCCCCUAGCAUUCCAUCCUCAGCUUUGAGCAAAUGUCGGAGACAGGUCACUUCUCGUGAAGAUGUUCUGGAAGUGUCUCAAGCUCGUUUCUGGGAAUUGGUGCCAGGUCAUGUUGUUGGAUCAGUCAUGCUGCAGGUGAAGGACAGAAUGGAUGAUUGCCAAUUACUUCAAUACGUUCAUGAUUUGCACCAUGAUUUGGGGGUACAGGAUUUGACCGUUCAAACAGACUAUGCCUGAACCUCAUCUCCUUCUACUGGGUUCUUUGAUGGUGGUCGGUAACAACUUUACGAUUAAGUCUUAUUACACAUGGAUUUUGUUUUGCAUUCUUGGCACAAAGUGUGUUACUGUUAGAGCCGGAUGUAACAUAUAUUCCACAGUGAAAAGAUAGAUGACUCCGGAAAAAAAACAAUACUUUACCCUAUCUUUAUCAUUAUCGUAUUCUAAUUUUGAGGGAAUAACUGUAGGUUAUUUAGUUGUGAGUGGUAUUGUUAUUUUCUCAUCUUCAUCAUAGCAUUGCCUGUUAUGUAGCUUUUACGAUGUUGUAAUGGAAUACAUGCGGGCACAGAAUGGUAUAUAUGCAUUUUGGAAGCUCUCUAGAAAAAUCUCUCUACGCUUAUCCAUUUAACUGCAGUCAAUUACAG